CCAAGGCGGUCUACUUCAGAAUGGUACUAACAGGGUACUAUGCACUCUAAUUUCUUUAAGCUUAAACAUCGUGACGGUGCCCGAGGUUCAUACAUAAGUGCCAGAGCCAUGAGAAGACUCGGAAUCCCCACUUCUACACUGUAAACAAUUGUGCACGUCAAUGAACUCCCGUGACGACUCGGACUCGGACGUGCUUCAGCUCGGACGGGUGCUUUGGAGCCUCAAUUAUGCCAAUGUGGCUGUAACUUCGUUCUGGGCAUAUGACUACUUCCUGACCUUGGCCGACGAGGUUACAUCUUUGACUCAGUCACGAUGGAGAUGGGCGAAGCUGCUUUAUAUUGGCUGCCGAUACCUUCCCUGCGGUUACUUGUCAUCGGUGAUGCUUAUGGCAGUGCAUCCUACGUUGUCGAUUGAGACGUGUCACAUGUUGUACUAUGUAAACACAUAUACAGGAUGUGCGAUUAUGGCGUGUGCCGAGGGUAUCUUCUUGACUCGCGCUUGUGCAAUUUGGGAACUUAGGAGGAGCGUAACAGCUAUGCUCGUGAUCAGCGGAUUACUAUACCUUCUUGCCACCCACGUGGUGCUCUCACUCAGCCGAUCUGCACCUGAGAUUACGAAGUCUCCCAUCCCUGUCACGAGCUGCUUUGAGACUGGUGAUGGCAGCACCAUCAUAAUCGUCUAUGUGAUGCUGGCUACGAUGGAGAUACAAAUAUGGAUAUUCAUGCUAUACAAGGCCAUAGCAGGCUACUGGCGAGAGGGAACCCACAAUCGCCUGCUGGGACAACUGGUUCUCCACAAUACGAUUUACAUGACCUGCGGACUGAGUGAGUUGCCUCCACAUUGACAGAUUUUCAAGUACAUGUGCAAAUUUUCUGAAUCAUGAUAUAAAGUCUCCUCACUCGUAGUCAUAUUAACGACAGCACUUUUCAAGGAAUAUUAUGGUUUCAUGAUCGUGAAGUUUGUACGCAUCUGGCAAGUUACUAUUCAUGCCUUUCUUGUGACGAGGAUGUCUCGUGAACUCUGGAAAGUAGACCAGCAGCGUGCUUCAUUAGAAUCCUUACAUACAUUUUCACCUGAAGCAUUAACUCAGGUGUGAAAUUCUGUCUUUCACCCCUUUCUCUCCAUCCUUUUCGAGCAAUGAACUGGUAUGUCUCUCACCC